AUGUCAGAAGCUUCUGAUGAUCCGAUAAUUAAAAUUGAACCACAAGAAUAUCCAAUCGAAGACAUCAAACAGGAAAUAGAAGAAGACCCUGAAUCCAGCUCAGAGGAUGACGAAACAUGUCUGAAGGGGUCUGCACACAAUUUAAAACAGCAUAUGGUAGUUCAUGAACAUGAAUGUACAUUUUGUUCAAAGACUUUUCCAGAAGCAAGUACAUUAGAAAGACAUCUGUUAAUUCAUAUGGAUGAAAGACAUUUCGUAUGUACAAAGUGUGAUGAAGCAUUUAAUAAAUUUGAUUUAGAUCAACACAUUUGUGCUCGUGCCAGAGAACAAAAUUUACACUUGAAUGAAUCUGGUAAUCGAAAACAAAAUAUUCAUGCUGAUACUGCAAAGAGACCUUAUAAAUGUCAACUAUGUGAUAAAGCAUUCAUAAGAUCGAGUCAUUUGGAUCAACAUGUGCUCAUUCACACUGGGGAACGUCCAAAUAAAUGUGAAAUAUGUGGCAAAACAUUCAAACAAUCUAAAGACUUGAAAAGACAUAUGUUCAUUCACAGUGAGGAACGGCCUUACAAAUGUACAAUAUGUGAUAAGGCAUUUGCACGAUCAAGUGUCUUGAAACGACAUAUGCUCAUUCACACUGGGGAAUUUUCUCAUAUUUGUAAAAAUGUGAGUGACGGCAACUAUGGAAGUUCUUCAACCGGUCUGGACGCUUCCGGAGGCGCUGUGCCCUCUCAAGGGGGCACCGGCGAAGAGGUUCGACUGGACGAUGAAAUGGAUAAGGUUUUCGCCUCGAUGACGUCACCUGGUGGUGUCACUACUUCCGGGGACAAGGACAAGGAAAAAUUCGACGUGGCCAGUCUCUCUGCACCGCCACCUGUCGUCGAACAUUUUCACGAUGAUAUGGAGUACAGCCUUCAUCGCAAGAAAUCGUAUCCACACAUGCAUGCGCCAUUAAAAGCAACUCACGGACGAGGUAAAAGGGAAAGGGCAGUUUCUGUUGGUACAGGACCCAAUGUUAGUACUACAGUUUCUCCAAGACAUUCGGAAUCUGAGGCUUCUGAAAGUGUUGAACCGCAGUCCACAAAGUCUCAACAAGAUCGCGCCACUUCCUUAGACCAAGACGACACUAGUCUGGCCUAUGAGAGCGUCCUGCUGAGCUCGGAAUCUGAACCACAGAUUUCGGAAAGAGCUGCAACCCAUACUGCCCCCGAUGGGUCUCCUAUUCUGGGACCCUCUAGGGUCCAAUUUUCGCCAAGACGUGGAGAUGGUAGUAGCGAUUAUCACAGAGAUGGCGACACUGAGGAUGACAGAGAUGGACCUGAUAAGAGUAAACGAAAAUCGUAA